AUGUCAGACUCCAAUAUGACCUCAACCCAUCCAGCUGUUUUCUUGUUGGUAGGAAUUCCAGGUUUAGAGCACCUGCAUGCCUGGAUCUCCAUUCCCUUCUGCUUUGCCUUUACUCUGGCCCUGCUUGGCAACUGCACCCUCCUCUUCAUCAUUCAGGCUGAUGCAGCCCUCCAUGAGCCCAUGUAUCUCUUCCUGGCCAUGUUGGCAGCCAUUGAUCUAGUCCUCUCUUCUACAACACUGCCCAAAAUGCUGGCUAUUUUCUGGUUCAGAGAUCAGGAGAUCAAUUUCCAUGCCUGUCUGGUCCAGAUGUUCUUUCUCCACUCCUUCUCUAUCAUGGAGUCAGCCGUGCUGCUGGCCAUGGCCUUUGACCGCUAUGUGGCCAUCUGCAAGCCACUGCACUACACCACAGUCCUGACUGGGCCCCUUAUCACCAAGAUCGGCAUGGCCGCUGUGGCUCGGGCUGUGACACUAAUGACCCCACUCCCCUUUCUGCUCAGGCACUUCCACUACUGCCGAGGCCCCAUGAUUGCCCACUGCUACUGUGAGCACAUGGCCGUAGUAAGGCUGGCCUGUGGGGACACUCGCUUCAACAAUAUCUACGGCAUUGCUGUGGCCAUGUUUAUAGUGGUGUUGGACCUGCUCUGUGUUAUCCUGUCUUAUAUCUUCAUCCUUCGGGCAGUUCUCCAGCUUGCCUCUCAGGAGGCCCGCUACAAGGCCUUUGGGACAUGUGUGUCUCAUGUAGGUGCCAUCUUAGCCUUCUACACACCUGUGGUCAUCUCCUCAGUCAUGCACCGUGUGGCUCGCCGGGCUGCCCCUCAUGUCCACAUACUCCUUGCUAUCUUCUAUUUGCUCUUCCCACCCAUGGUCAACCCAAUCAUCUAUGGGAUUAAAACCAAGCAGAUUCGUGAUCAUGUGCUCAGUCUAUUCAGAAGAAAGAAUGUGUAG